AUGCCUCUUAAACCCGUUCGCCAAGUUUACGUUGAGGAGCUGCACAAGAAGGGUCUGGGGCUGCCGCUUUGGUUUCCCGAGUCCGUUGAACAGCGCGCCGGACCACUGCAGGCCCAGAUCGGCGAUGUCGGGUUCGUGAGUCGGGAUGACGGUGUGUUCUACCGGCUGUUCAAUGCCUGCAAAACGCGCGAUCAUCCGUGGAACGAUGAUCUGGCGCCCCAAGACUUCGAGCCGCUAGUAUUGGACGAUCGUCAUGUCAAGACAGUCGAAAACAACCUGAAGGCGGGCGCAUAUGUGUGCACCAGUAACGCCGAACGUCAGGACCAAGCGCACGCUGGAAUUUCAUCGUUGGCACCGAUCACGGCCGGGUUCAACUUCAGUUUCUCUUCUCAAGUGCACCGUGCUGCCGUCCUUGUUCUAAAACCUUGGGCGAACUUCUAUCACUCCCUCCAGCACGAGACCAUCAAGAAUUACUGUCUCAAGUAUGGCGAAAGCUGGUACGACUUUGCCAAAUCGCAAGGAUUUGCGCUUGAUCCCGGCGAGAUCAUACUCGUUUAUGGUGUUGUCCGAACGGCAACAUGGGCUCUCGCUGCAUUCACAGAGAACGACACGAAGAUGGGCGCAGGUGUCUCUCUGGAUACCGCGUCAUUUGCUGGGGCGGGCAUUAGCUUGUAUCGUGCAUGGGAUGAAAGAAGUUCGGUGGAGCACAGGUCCGGUCCUCCAACGAAAUCUCACAAGCGACCAUCUGCCGAGGCCCACAUCCCUUGGAGUUUACCCUCUCCGCCUGUGUCUCUGCGUACGCCGGCGGAUAGUCUCAGUCGUAACGAGGUGUCCGCCGGUAAGAGGCCCCUGGAUGAAGACUGGAAUUUUGAUCAAACAAUCUUUCUUCGCCAUUACGUGGUCAAACCUCGGAUGUUCCGUACUCCUAAGGUCAUGCGAGGUGCUGCGGAUCCGAAGAACGUGGACUCAAGUGGCGAUGAUUCGGAUUCAAGUCUACAGAGCAUUCAGUCAUCGACCCAGUGUUCAUCUUCCGUAGAAGUAGCGCGAGAAUCUGAUAUAGGGCCGACGCAUUAUGGCCUACAUGUGCUGCUCGAUCACCUUCUCGAGUCCCAACCAUCGGCCCGAGCUGCCGUCGCUUGCGACGAUGAGUUCUACCAUACAGUGAAGGGAGUGUCCGAUGUUGAUCUUACGACAUAUUUUCGGCAAGCUGAACCGCGUACGUUCGUCCGUAACGGCUCCGCGGCAUUAUCGGUUGAUAAAGAUGGAUUUCCAGGACAUAGCGUGCCAUCUCAUCAAUUGGUCACCAUAUUGUCCUCCCCGGGUGCCGGAGCGUCUGGACAGACGCAGUCGCUGCAGGAUCUGUUCACCAAGCUCCCGAAGGAGAGAUACGCUAGUAUAAACCAGCCCAAGAGAAGCUUACUCAGUGACCUGUUCACUCCACAAAUACCCGUAGUGCCUCUAGGGAGCGCUGAGCCCCAACGAUCUGAAGACGUCAAGCCGGACACAAUACACCACAAGAGACCAUAUACCGCCAAUUCCGACUCUGCUACAUCUUUGAGGUUUCAGCGCAGAAAUCCAAGUUUGGCAGGGUCAGGACUGUACCCGAUUCAUCCCAUCCAGUCCUCUACAAGGAUUUCUCCUCGAAGAACUUCGGACAGCGCGAUUGGAGGCGCGAAACAGUUGACUUCCACGCGCGCUCGGACACAAGAAGUUCCAUUCCCUGCUCAACUUGCGAUCCCUCGCACAACGCGCAGACAGAUGCUCAAUAAGGAGCUGACUGAGGCGGAGAGGAAAGACCUCCUUUGGGAACGCAGGAGAAGGGGGAGCGAUGAUGACGGUCGGAAAGGUGGUUCCCAACUUCCAAGCCCGAUCCUUGUGCCGAGACCCAUCUUGGACAGUCGAAGUGUAGAUAGAGUGGAUACGGGAGGAAUGCAUACCAGGCUCGCGGUCAUGAAGAGCAGGAGUUGGGGCGACAAUUGGCUCUAG